AUGAAAUUGCUUACACGUCUUCGUCAGUAUUUUACUGAACCCGUGGAUAUCCCACAGAGUGAUGCCCCCGACUCAAAUACGAAUUCACAACCUUUGCAUGGAGGAAUUGCAUAUCCUCCUGAAACCGCUCGCCCUAACGAAGAACCUUCUCCUUCAAGCAAAAAGGGUCCUACGGUCCAUGUUGUUCGUCACACCGUCUUAAACCAGCCUAAUAAUAAUAAUAAUACUUACUCUUACUCAUCCAAUGAUAUGGAUGUCGAUCUCUCAUAUGGUGAAUAUGAUGAACGACUCCCUAAUGUCCUCGAUUGGUUUCGCCAACAUAUCACUCAUGACCUUGGCAGCCGCUCUCUUAAUUAUGUGAAAUCCCUUUUCCCCAUUAUCCAGUGGCUUCCUAAUUACAAUUUUCAUUGGUUGAUUUUCGAUCUCAUUGCUGGUAUAACGGUGGGCUGCAUUGUUGUUCCCCAAGGAAUGUCUUACGCUAAAGUUGCUGGUCUUCCUGCUGAGUAUGGUCUCUACUCUUCAUUCGUCGGUGUCGCCAUCUAUUGUUUCUUUGCCACUUCCAAAGAUGUUUCGAUUGGCCCCGUUGCAGUUAUGAGUUUGGUCACUUCUGAAGUUAUAAAAAAUGUAUCCGCUAAAGAUCCUACUUAUACGGCUCCCGAAAUUGGAAGUUGUCUAGCUCUUUUAGCAGGAGCAAUCACGUGUGGUAUUGGCCUAUUGCGUCUGGGGUUUAUCAUUGAAUUUAUUCCAAUACCCGCUGUUGCUGGUUUCACAACCGGCUCUGCGCUUAAUAUCAUUUCAGGACAAGUUUCUUCGUUGAUGGGUUAUAAAAAGCUUGUGAGUUCACAUGGUGCGACAUACCGGAUCAUCAUUGAUACCUUAAAAAACCUGCCUCAUACUAAGGUAGAUGCUGCUUUUGGACUUUUUUUUACCCGCCGAUAUCCAAAAUUUCAACGAAUAUUCUUUUUGAUUAACGUCUUGCGCAGCGCCGUUAUUAUUAUAAUUGGAACUGCUAUCUCUUAUGGCGUAUGCAAAGGACGUCGCGAACAUCCGCCUAUCUCUAUCUUGCUUACCGUUCCUAAAGGUUUCCAACAUGUUGGUGUUCCAAACAUUACCAAAAAGCUUUGUUCAGAUAUGGCUUCGGAGUUACCAGUGUCGGUAAUCGUCUUACUGUUAGAACAUAUCUCGAUUGCAAAGUCUUUUGGUCGUAUAAAUGAUUACAAAGUUAUUCCCGACCAAGAACUUAUCGCAAUGGGUGUAACUAACUUAAUCGGUGUAUUUUUUAACGCAUAUCCAGCAACUGGCUCCUUUUCCCGUUCGGCAAUCAAGGCAAAAUCGGGAGUACGCACUCCACUAGCCGGAAUUUUCACCGCUGCAGUUGUGAUUCUGGCUUUAUAUUGCCUUACUGGAGCAUUCUAUUAUAUCCCAAAUGCUGUUUUGUCAGCAGUAAUUAUUCACUCCGUUUUUGAUCUUAUUCUUCCUUGGCGUCAGUUGGUGCUUUUUUGGCGUAUGCAACCCCUUGAGGCUUUAAUUUUUCUUGCAGCUGUCUUUGUGUCUGUUUUUUCAUCCAUAGAAAAUGGUAUUUAUACCGCUGUGUGUUUAUCUGCUGCUUUAUUACUGUUCCGUAUUGCCAAGCCCUCGGGCUCAUUCUUGGGAAUUUUGAAAAUCGCAAAUAAAAAACCCAAUGGAGAUGAUAUUGAUGUUAUCCGUGAUAUUUAUGUACCACUUGAUCAACAAGGCGUCAACCCAAAUCUGUUUAUUAGAGAUCCUCCCCAAGGGGUACUGAUAUUUCGUUUACAGGAAAGCUUUACUUAUCCUAAUGCUCAGCAUGUCAACUCAAUGCUCACUUCAAAGGCCAAAGAGGUCACCCGACGGGGAAAAACGGUUCAAACGAAGAGAAAGCAGGAUAGGGCUUGGAAUGAUCCUCCACCAAAAAAGCAAAAAGAUGGAGUCAAACUUGAAGAUAACCGACCUCUUCUUCGAGCCAUUAUUCUUGACUUCAGUGCAGUAAACCAUAUCGAUACAACAGGAGUGCAAUCUCUUGUUGAUACUCGCAAAGAAUUGGAACUUUAUGCUGAUGAUGAAGUUGAGUUUCAUUUCACUGAUAUCAACAGCGGUUGGAUUAAACGAACUUUGAUUGCCGCUGGUUUUGGAAAGCCUCGAGAUGCAACCAAAUACACAAGUCGUUCAAUUGAAGUUGGUAGCGCUGCACCGUUACGUGACAUUGAAAAUCCCAUGGUUACUAAUUCAUCCCAACUGUACAUGCCUAGUACUGUGAGGAUGAAUGGACCGCGACGACAAUUCGAUGAAGAAGAAGCAAUUGAAAAUGGCACGCCAAAUUCCGAAUUUGAUGACGGUGAAGAUUCAGAUACCCUUUCUAGUCCUGAUGAUAAAAAAGAUAGCGUUAAACAAUUGCGCUCCGAUUUCUUACAUAAGGAAUACUGCCCUGUUAUUUCAACGAAAUAUCCAUUCUUCCAUGUGGAUGUUACUAGUGCGAUAGUAGAUAUUUCUCAUAGAAAUGUCCUUGAUGUGAACUUAAAGCCACAUAUUACAGAAACGGAUCCUGAAAAUGGGGAAUCAGUGAUAAAGAAAGAAAACAAAGCGAAUACCUCCACAUAA